AUGUUCAUCCCCAAGCCAACACUCACCGAGGCCAACCUUCCGGACCAGUCCGGCCGGGUCUUCAUCGUCACAGGCGGCUACGCUGGCGUGGGCUACGAAUUGUCUCGCAUUCUCUACAACGCCAAUGGAGUCGUCUACGUCGCUGGAAGAAGUGCCGACAAGGGAGAGAAAGCCAUUUCUGAGAUCAAGCAGAUUGUGCCGAGCAGCAAGGGAAGACUGGAAUUCUUGAAGAUUGACCUGGCGGACUUGACCAGCAUCAAACCUAGUGUUGAGGGAUUCCUCGCCAAAGAAGAGCGACUCGAUGUGUUGAUCAACAACGCCGGCGUAAUGACGCCACCAGCAGGCUCUCUAACCACCCAAAAAUAUGACCUUCAAGUAGGCACCAACUGCCUCGGACAUCACCUCCUGACCAAGCUCCUCCACCCUCUCCUCACGAAGACGGCCGAAUCCUCUCCACCCGCCUCCGUCCGCGUCGCCUGGGCCGGUUCUCUCGCCGUCGACGCCUUCUCGCCCAAGGGAGGCGUGACCAUGACCGCCGAGGGAAAUCACGAAGUCGGCAAGAAGUCCAUCCAAACUCUUUACGGAGAGAGCAAGGCCGGGAACUACUUUCUCGCUGCACAGUUCGCCAAACGCAAUCCCAUUCCCGCAGACGGCAAGGGCGGCGUGCUGCACGUGGCGUUCAACCCGGGCAAUCUGAAGACCGAGCUGGGACGACACCAGCACAGCGCGGCGAUGUGGGUGAUGGGUAAGACGGUGCUGUAUCCCGCCGUCUAUGGCGCGUACACGGAAUUGUUUUGUGGAUGGAGUCCCGAGUUGACGAAGGAGAAGAAUGGCUGUUAUGUGGUUCCUUGGGGUAGGUUGGCAGGUGUGAGGAAAGAUGUGCAGAGGGAGAUUGAUGUGGAGGGUGGGAAUGCGAGCAAGUUUUAUGAGUGGUGUGAGAGGGAGACUUCGAAGUAUGCUUGA